AUGGGUGCAUACRAAUAKAUGGAAGAGUUGGCAAAGAAGAAGCAGUCUGAUGUGAUGCGCUUCAUUCUUCGCGUCCGCUGCUGGCAAUAUCGUCAGUUGAACGCCAUCCAUCGCGCCUCGAGGCCUUCUCGCCCAGACAAGGCACGCCGCAUUGGUUACAAGGCAAAGCAGGGAAUGGUCAUUUAUCGCAUCCGCAUUCGCCGCGGAGGCCGCAAGAGACCAAACCCAAAAGGUAUUGUGUAUGGAAAGCCUGCCGGACACGGUAUCAACCAGCUAAAGCCCUCUCGCUCCAUCCAAACACUUGCGGAAGAGCGCGUUGGUCGUCGUUGCCCGAAUCUCCGCGUCCUGAACUCCUACUGGGUCAAUCAAGACGCCACGUUUAAAUAUUUUGAGGUUAUCUUGGUCGAUCCAAGCCACAAGGCAAUCCGCAGAGACCCCAGAAUGAACUGGAUUUGCCGCCCCGUCAUGAAGCACCGUGAAUGCCGUGGACUGACUUCCUCUGGACGUAAAGGAAGAGGCAUGGUUGGAAAGGGUCAUGGGUUCAAUAAGAUGAUUGGAGGCUCGCGAACUCACAAUUGGAAGCGUCGUAAUACGCUCUCUUUACGCAGAUAUCGUUAA